GUGAGGCCUCUUUUUGGCCGUUGCUACUGAUUACGGAAUGACGUUACCGUUUGACGUUCCAAUAUGGCGGCGCCCUGGUUUUGAAGAGAAAUACGGCAGCGAGAUGUGGCUACGAGGCGCUCAGGCCUUGUUGGGGGCCGCUCUGAGAGUCCCCUGUGCCUUAAAUGUGACGCUUUCUCAGAGCAAGACUCCUCUCCUCCAAGCAGCCAGGGCUUAUGCUCGUCCCGUCCGGAGGAAGAAGCCAGAAAUCACUAGCCAUUUGGAUGACUUGCCUCCUACAAUGUUGCAGUGGAAAUACACCAAUGUCCCAGCUGUGAACCAGGUGGACGAUGUUGUGAGAAGGCUGCUGUCUUUGGAAAUGGCAAGCCAGAAAGAAAAACUGAAAAUAAAGAAAGAGCAGCUGGCAGACAAAGUCCGGAAAGCUCCAAAUGACAAAGGCUCUUUUGAGGUUCAAAUUGCAUAUUUGACGGCCAAGAUCCGCACACUACAGGAACAUCUGCAUAUGCACCCCAAGGACAAGUUCAACCGCCGCCACAUGAUGAUGGCCAUUGACCGCCGGAGGAAGCUGCUGAAGUACCUGCGCCGUAGCCGCUACGAUGCCUUUGAGAAGACUUGCCAGCAGCUGGGCAUCGAGUACACGCCCCCUCCGGCUUUCUGUCGCCGGAUCACGCGGCGCUGGGUGGCCAAAAAGGCCCUGUGCCUCAAGGUUUUCCAAGAGGCGCAGAAGCUAAAAGCCGAGGGGAAGCUGAAACCGAGGCAAAGGGCCCCACGGAGAACCAAGUCAAAGAAAAAGAAGGUGCAACAGACCAAAGGGACCCCAGUAUAGAUGAAAGCCUUCCUGUGUCAGAGGGGCUCAUAUUGAGCAACCUAGAAAGGAACAUGCCAAUAAAUUGUUUAAUAUA